AUGGUGUGUCCUCACAAGCCUCGUGCACUUAAUCCUGAGGUUUGCUGCCGAGAGAGUCAACUCUGGGAUUUGGAUGAUGAAAGGAAAGGGGGCUGGGAGAGGGCUGGCAGUCCUAUCUCCUGGCCCCCUUCUCCAUUUGUCUUAAUCCCCAAGUGCGAUUGGGAUCAGAGUGUCUCUGACACCCCUGUUAUCUCCUCCCUGGGCUCCGGUUCCUCAAGGUUGGUGCCUCCCCAGGCUCCACCCUCUGGCCUUGGCCAGGCUCCCGUCCUGGGCCAAAACAACCACCUGGGCCUCACAUCACGUCUGCGUUAUUCCACGUUCCUAGAUCCUUCUAAUGUCAUUUUCCUGCACUGGGACUUUGACCUUGAGGCUGAGAUCAUCACUUUUGAGCUCCAGGUCCAGACAGCUGGCUGGGUGGGCUUGGGUAUCACAAGUCGCUACACCAGAGUGGGAAGCAAUCUGGUUGUUGGAGGAGUCUCGCCGGACGGCAAUGUCUAUUUCUCAAAUCAGCACCUGGUGGAUGAAGACGCUCUGGAGGAGGAUGGGAGCCAGGACGCAGAGCUGCAGGCACUGACAGAAGACGCCGUCUAUACCACCAUGCGCUUCUCCAGGCCCUUCCGCUCCUGUGACCCUCAAGACCAAGACGUCACUAGUGACACUGUGAGGGUGCUUGCCGCCUACGGCCCAGAUGACACUCUGAAGCUGGAUUGGGAGUGUACUUCUGUGAAGUCCAUCUUCCUGCUCCAAAUUGUCCACCCCGAUGUCCCCGAGGACACCAUCAUCCAUGACUUGGAGAUCACUGAUUUCCUCAUCCCAGAGGAUGACACCACAUAUGCCUGCACCUUCUUCCCUCUCUCCAUCGUUAGCAAGAAGCACCAUAUCUACAAGUUUGAGCCCAAGUUGAUCCAUCACAAGGAGACGAUGGUGCACCACAUCCUGGUGUAUGCCUGCGGCAAUGCCAGUGUUCUCCCCAAGGGCAUCAGCGACUGCUACGGGGCCGACCCCGCCUCCUCCCUCUGCUCGCAGAUCAUCGUGGGCUGGGCUGUCGGGGGCACAAGUUACCAGUUUCCAGGUGACGGGGGUAUCUCUACUGGGAUGCCUUUGGACCCCCAGUGGGUCCGACUGGAGAUUCACUACAGCAAUUUGCACAGUCUUCCUGGUGAGCACCUAGAGCAUUUACGGGAGAGCGGCGGUGAGGCUGGAUGA